UGAGGAAUGCCUAGCACUGUGCUGCUGACACACACCUAUGCCUACAGAACACUAUACGUUGCCCAGUGUGUGCCAGCGGCAGCGCCCCGGCCUCCUCCCUCUCCCGCACUACAGCACACCUCUCCCGCUACUAACGGGGAAUAUGCGUUCCGUAGCUACAGCAGCUACCGACCGGGCUCGUGAUGCCAGGAGACCGGCGGCCUCUCUCCCUCCGGAGAUGGACGUGCGGCAGUGCAGCAGCUACAGGUGCUGGGGACGUCCCCCGGCUGGCCCGUCCCCGCCUCCCCCGCCGCCGCCGCUCGCCCUGCUGGUGACCCCGCCGCCCCGCUGCAUUGUGGGAUGGGGGGAUCGGAGGAGGCGGCCCGGGAACUGAUGGCGGCGGACUCCGUCCAGUUAAACUGGCGGCGGGUGGCCUCCCACACCGGCCCGGUCCCCCGCUCACGCCACGGACACCGCGCUGUGGUCAUCCGGGAGCUGAUGAUCAUCUUUGGCGGCGGUAACGAGGGGAUAGCGGAGGAGUUGCACGUCUAUAACACGGUAACAAAUCAGUGGUUUCUCCCAGCGGUGAGAGGAGACAUUCCUCCUGGUUGUGCUGCUCAUGGAUUUGUAUGUGAUGGGACGAGGGUCCUGGUUUUCGGAGGGAUGAUAGAAUAUGGAAGAUAUAGCAAUGACGUGUAUGAGUUACAGGCAAGUCGCUGGCUAUGGAAGAAGCUAAAGCCUCAACCUUCAGCCAAUGGAUCCCUACCCUGUCCCCGACUUGGCCACAGUUUUUCUCUUCUUGGCAAUAAAUGUUAUUUGUUUGGUGGCCUGGCGAAUGAGAGUGAAGACACAAACAACAAUAUUCCCAGAUACCUGAAUGAUUUUUAUGAGCUUAAUUUGCGUCCAGGAAGUGGAGUAGUAGGUUGGAAUAUACCACAGACCAAAGGUACCCCUCCUUCCCCACGGGAGUCCCACUCAGCAGUGGUGUACAGCAGAAAGGACCAUGGGAAAUCAAAGCUUUAUAUCUUUGGAGGAAUGUCUGGGUGUCGGCUUGGUGACCUUUGGGAACUAGAUAUUGAAACCAUGAUAUGGAGUAGUCCAGAGGCCAAAGGAGUAUUUCCUUUACCCAGAAGCCUCCACACAGCCAAUGUGAUAGGAAAUAGAAUGUAUAUUUUUGGUGGCUGGGUUCCACAAACAGCAGAAGAUGAUAACCCUCCUUUGCAAGAGAAGAAGUGGAAGUGCUCCAACUCUUUUUCCUCCCUGGAUUUGGACUCCAUGGAAUGGACAACUCUAAUGUCAGACUGCUCAGAAGAUAGAAAGAAUUGGCCAAGACCCAGAGCAGGUCACUGUGCGGUCACAAUUGGGAAGCGUUUGUAUAUCUGGAGUGGAAGGGACGGUUACAAAAAAGCAUGGAAUUACCAAGUUUGUUGCAAAGACCUUUGGUACAUUGAUACAGAGAAGCCUCCACCACCUUCGCAAGUUCAGCUAAUUCUAGCUACCACAAACAGUUUUCAUGUUAAAUGGAAUGAAUUGCCAAUUGUCGAAGGGUAUCUCUUGCAGCUAAGCCCAGAAUCCCCAACUUCAACAGGUGCUGGAAUACCUGCCCCUUUCAGUGAAAUAUGUGCACUAAGUUCUAAUAUUACAUCUGCAGCGUGUUCUGCUCCACUGCAUCUACAAAGUGGAUCCAUACGCUCUCAUUGUUUUGAAGAAAAUGCGGAUAGUCUUGUAUCCCCUGCUAGCUGUAUGUUUUCUCCAGAACUCAGAGUGGACAUUUGUCACCAAAGCAGCAAUAGUGGACUAGUCAAUCAAAAUUCCACUCCCAGUUGUUUAAACAACAACAAUGCAGCAGACCAUGAAGUUGUAGCCAUGAAGAUAACCUUGACUGAGAAACAAACUCUUUCCAGUGCAACUAUAGAGUUAAAUGGCAAAUUGCAAGAGUCUCCUGGGCCUAAAUCAUUAGCUACAACGUUACCACAUCUGCAUUCAAGAAACCAAGUAAGUACAAAUGGUCAGACUGCAGAGAAGACUGCAUUGAAGGAUGGACAGAGGCAUUGGUAUGAUGUUGGCAUCUUCCAGACCAAUAGUGCUGUGGUCACGCACUUCUUUUUACUUCCAGGUGGCAAUCCGAGCACAUCUAACAAGGCUGUGGAUCCAGAUUUGUCAGACUACACUAUGCUGAAGAAACAUGACUUGUGUCCUGGAAGCGCGUACAGAUUCAGAGUAGCAGCAGUUAACGGACAUGGCAUAGGUCCUUUCAGUAAAAUCAGUCAGUUUAAGACUUGCAUUCCUGGAUUUCCUGGCGCACCAUCAUCCGUAAAAAUCACAAAGAAUGCAGACUGUGUCCACAUUUCUUGGGAGUCUCCUUCUUCACCCACUGGAAAUAUAUUGGAAUAUUCCGCUUUCUUAGCCAUACGUACUUUACUUCCUGAGGUUCAAAACCAGCUGGCGUUUGUGAAAAUUUACAGUGGCCUGGAGACAUCCUGCACCGUAACAGCUGCGCAGCUGGCGAAUGCACAUGUUGACUACAGCUCCCGGCCUGCUGUGGUAUUCCGGAUUUCUGCAAAGAAUGAAAAGGGUUAUGGACCAGCAAUACAAGUUAGAUGGCUGCAAGAUAGAGCAUGAGGUUCCGUCUGGAAGGUCUAUAAGAUACAAGAGAAUUGCCAGUUCCGGUAGAUGUUUGCCCCUAACACAACUGGAAGGAAUCCUUUUUAAAUGUAUAUUUUAAUAUCGCUAUAUGUUUCACUUUUGUAAGAUUUUGUAAAUCUCAAAAUGUUUAUUUUUACAUUCUGCUUCUAAUUGUAUAGAUAUACAUAUUAUAUAAAUAUCUGAAUAUAUACUUUUUCAUGUUCUAUUGUAAGCAUUAGUGAUAUGUACUCAGGUGGGAUUACAUGGUACAGUUUCUGAUAGCUGGGAACUGAAUUUUUGCUUCCAUUUCUGUUACCACUUCAGUAUGUUUGUGAGUAUAGAAUUUGAUAGCAAUAAAAUGGUGCAGAGGGAGUGGAGGAUUCUUACAGUGCAAUAUGAAAGGCACGUAGCACUUCCCUAAUAGCAGGGCUAUCUUGCCAGUUCUUGCUAAGAAGGAGAAACUCGGGAAUAUCAAGGUGUUACAUCAGAUUUUCUUUUUUUGCUAUUGUUCUAUUUCUAUAUGUUUGUUAAAUGCAUAGCACUUUUAAAAUAGCCUAUUUGAAGAAAAAUGUAAUUUUAUGUGAUAUGCAAAAAAAAAAUGCUGAAAAGCUUAUAUAGCACCAGACUUGUUAUUUAGCUGUUGUGGAAAUCAGACCUCCAAACUGUCUAUGUAUCUGUGACAUUUUUGAGUGUGUAGAUGUAUGUGUAUGUGGACAGCUAUUUAAUUAUAUGAAUAAGCAAUUGUGGACAUCUACACAAAGUUACACUCAUCUACCUUCUUCUACUAUCCUUUUCUACAGUAGCUUAAAUGUCAUUAUAUUUGGAGUAUUUCUCAGUUUCCGAAGAACUUUGUCACAGUGGUUCCAGAUCCAGGGGACCUGCUGCCACUAGGAAGGGAGGCAGGGCCCUGUGGACAGAGAACCAGCUGUACAAGGUUUCCUGGUCCAGCAGUGGUAAGAACAUCUCCGGUUAUAGAAAUGCUCAUAGUGCCGUUGGUUUCUCCAGUGACUUGUUUUCCUGAUGAUACCCAACAGUACGUAGUACCAGAACCAGAUUUAAAUAUAAUAGAUAUCAUUUUAAAUUCUUACAAGUAGGUCUGAGAACAGGAAGAAAUCAGUACAAUAAUUUCAGAGAUUAAUAAAAUACGUUUCUGAAUAGUAGGAGGGAAAUAUAAAUCUAAAUUCUCUAUGAGCAGAGACACUUCUAGUACUGAGGAAGCCUGGAUUACACAUGGCCAUAUUGAAAGUACCACAUAAAGAGAAUGCUUUACACGACCAGGAAAGAAAAUGAUAGUGAAGGGGAGUAGCUUUUUAGUGAAAGAGGUCUGUACUUCCUGCAGAUGGGAGGGGCGGUCAGUGCAGCGGAGGAGAGGAGACUUUAGUCUGGCCCUGUUUGGAGGGCCUAGCAUUAUAUCCUCUAGCUGUGCUACAGAUAUUUCUUUCUUUGAACACAAUAUCAAUAUUUGCAGACUCUGGGCCAUGGUUGCUAUAAAUAGGCAUGGGCGUUAAGGGCAUGUCUGUACCUACUGCAGGCAUGUACAGUGUUGAUGACUAUACCAUACAGUGCCUCAUGUGAAAUUUGCUAUUCUACUUUGCAAGACUUGGUCUAUAUUUAAAAAAAAAAAAAAAAAAAAAGACAUGGAACUCUAAGGUUCCCUAUAGCAAUAUGUAAUGUCAGUGCAUUAAAAUUCAUAAUCUUGGGAAUAUAUACUUUAUACAUAAUUUUAUAAAUGCAUGGGUAUAUUCAUAUGUACUGUUUUAUAUACAAGUAGAAAUUCUAAGCAUUUUAAGAUUGUGUGUUUAACAGGAGAACGUAUAAAUGUAAAAUAGUACUUUUCUUGUCUAGUGUUUAAUAUAAAAUGUACUUUUUUUUUUUUUUUUUAUUAGCGAGUGCUAUAUUUAUCUUGUGAUGCUCUCUCCCAGGCAGACGUCCGUCAGGUCAUACGGCAGUAACACUGAUGUGUAGAGAGAAAGCCAGUGUAGGACCAAGCAUAGUGCAGUCUGACAACAUGACUUGAAGCUGAGUUAGGCUGUCCAUUUGGAUGAGUGCUUCUUCCUGGGCUGACUGUCUCUGCAACAGUGCUGGCUGCAGGAAUCCCAGUCAGAGAAAACAUGGCACGCUGAAUACAUUUGUGUUUUUUGUUGACUGCAUAGGGCACACUGUAUUCAAUUGAAAUCACAUCAUAUAACCUAAUGAUUGGUGUGCUUUACAAAUUGAGGGGCAGAUUUAUUAAGACUGGUGAAGUGAUAAAGUGGAAGGUGAUAAAGCACCAGCCAGUCAGCUCCUAACUGUAAUUUUUCAAACCCAGCCUGUGAUGUGGAAGAUAGGAUCUGAUUGGCUGGUACUUUAUCACCUUCCACUUUAUCACUUCAUCUGCCCCUAAGUACCCACUCCCAGGUCCAGAUUUAGACACACUGGGCUGAUGGAGAGUUGCGCAGAACUAAUUGCUGAUGUUCGCCAUUGUGCAGAGUUGUACACGUUUAUGUGACUGUAUAAACCUGAUCCACACGCUUUUGCAAAUAGUCUUCCUCAUUAAUAGCUUCACUCUCUGUGUAGUCCACAAUUACGCCUACACGACCAUAACACACACACACACACUUAACUAAGCCUACGUGAAAAUGCCCCCACUUGUGUCCCCUUUAGCUGUAAUUGGAGAUGCGACUGUAGCAUAUGACUGAAUCACCCAGAAUUUCUCAUAGUUACAUACAAUUUGCCACAGAGCAUGCACAGUGCUAAAACUAUCAGGGUAAAUUUAUUAAGAUGGAAGUUCUAUGUAUGAUAGAUUGUUGCCCAGAGCAAUCAAUCAGAUUCUAGGUAUUAUCUUCUGAAAGGUGCUAGAUAAAUGAGAAGUAGAAUCUCAUUGGUUGAUAAAUAGAACUCCCAUCUUAUUAAAUUUACCCCUCAAGAUCUCUCCACAAAGCGGACUGGUGUGCAACUCUGCAUGAGACACACAUUUUCCCCUAAUUAAAACAAAGGGGAUCCGGAGGAAGGGAGGGGUGUUGGUCAGCACCACAGAGAUAAACUAAGUUCCUAAUUAUGUUGCAUGUUCAUCCAGGGAAAUGCUCAAAACACAACCCGUUGUACACAGGAGUUGAAAAACACUGUCCUAUGAGCCUUAUUCAAGGUUGAAUGCAAAACAACAUUUUCCUCUAAUGGGCAAAACCAUGUGAAGUGCAGGUGGGGCAGAUAUAACAUGUGGAGAAAGAGAUUUGGGUAAAAGUAAAAGACUGCACAGUAUUGGGCUUCAGUCUACCAGCGCACCAGUGCAAAUUACAUAGUGUUCCCCAAUUAACUAAGGAAGGCAGACACAUUUCUUAAAUAUUCACUUUGUAACUAAUAUGUUCUGUGGCUUUUCAUUCGUAUUUGUUAAGCUUUGAACACUUGGGCCCAGAUUUAUUUAGCCUUGGAGAGUGAUAAAUUGCAUGGUGAUAAAGUACCAACCAAUCAGCUCCUAAUACCCCUUUUACACUCGCAGAAAAAUCCCGGGAUAUUGCACGUGAACGCGCAUCAUCCCGGGAUUUUUCUCAGUGUGAAUGGGAACAGGGUCCAUUUCCCGGGACGAACAUCCCGGGAUUUCAUCCCAGGUCUCGACCAGGGUUGAACCCGGGACCGUCCCGGGAAGCUGGCAGUGUAAACGGGUAUACCGGGUCAAGGCGACCCGGCACCCGUUCUCUUCAUAGGAGGAGGUGGUGCUUGGAGAAGAUUAUCUUAUUGGGAUAUAUAUGGUAUUGCACAGCUGCAGGAAAGCAGCUGUGCAAUACCGUACAACUAAUAUGCUAACGCUGCAGGAGGAGUCUGUAGGAAAAAGACACCUUCUCGCAACAUCUGCGUCCAAAGGUGCAGCAUCAGAUCAACAUAGCGACCAUUGGUCUCAAAGGUCGCAGCCCUGGGUCAUCUGCAUAAUUCUCAACUUACUCUGGCCAUUGGAACUCCUCUACCAGGCCCCAAAAUAUGUGGCCAACAUGCAGAGACUGUCCUCUGCACUCCUACAAAACGGGGGCGACACGUUCCCCCCCAUCAUCGGGUUAGUGCGUAAUUGAAAUGUAGAUAAUGAAAGUGUACCUACUCUUGAGUGAUCUUAUUUACUUAAUGACACUCUAUUUUCUGUAUCCCCAACUUGGCUUUAGCCAUGCAGGAGUUGGGGGAACAGAGCAUUUACAUGGGAAAUUUUAGCUGCAAUAAAAGAUGUGUAACAUUUAUAUAUCGUUGUCAUUUAUUUUAUAUCAAUGUUUAAAGAACUUCAGGCACUUAUAUUGGCUACUGAAUCUUUUAUUUUGCUUUUAGAUACUUUAAACAACAUUUAUAAAGCGUAUAGCAAUGUUCUGUAGUUUGCAGCUCUGCUACAAUAGGAGUCUUUGGACAAAACAAAAUAAAGGAAAACCUGCUAGUUACUUGUCCCCGGCAACUCUCCAUUAGAUUGUAAGAAAUCGGAUAUCUUGCUAAACGUGUGUCUUAUAUUAUCAGUGCCACAUAACACAUAUUCCAUUUCUACUUGAGUUUGUGACAUUUGAAGUGGCUUAGUGUUUGCAGUGAUGAUCCUCUCAUUGUGCCGGCCUCUGCCAUGCCUCUAUGUGCAAUGCUGCUGCCGCCUUUUUUGUAUAUAUGUGUAUGGCUAGUGCAAAAUGAUGUUGAGCCUUACCCAUCAAUGUUUACAAAAGCCCAUCUGUUCAUUAUUCCUGUGGAAGCAUAUACCUGCUUCUAUACGGGUUUUACAUUCAAGCUUGCUUUGCACUAAUAUGAAUAUUGUUCUCAUGCAUGUGACUUUUUGCAGCAAUUUUUAAGCCAACUAACUGCCUGUAAAAAGCCAAUCCACAAAUGUGGUGAUGAUGUGUGGUAGGUAGUUUUUAAUUCCGAAUAAGCUUCACAACUGAUACUGUAAAUUCCCAACAUGCAAACAGCAAACUAGUAAUGAAAAAAAACAUGAAUAAUCUUUAUCUUCAAAAGCAUGUAAACUGUAAUACUGAUAGGUAAAUUCCUAUAUUCAUUUGCUUUCAGUCUUGUUUUUCUGCUUAUUUAAUCAUGUGACAACAUAAGUGAAUGAUGUGUUACCCUUGGUAUGUGGGUAAUACAGACCUAAGGAAGGGGCUUUUUAAAAGUCAGCAAGUAUAACAUGUACUAUACAUAGGGUUACCAUACUGUCCCUUUAAAGCGGGGAAUUGCACAGGUUCUGUGGCUGGAGGAUGACUACAAGCCUGCUUUUCCCCUGGAUUUAAUCACCCACAGAACCUGUGUAAUUCUUGAGUGUCCCAGUUUAAAGGGGUAGUAUGGUAAGCCUAACUAUACAAGACAUCAUGCACACUUUGUUCUGAAACAAUGUAUUGAAUCAGGGUCUUCAGGUGGUGUACAGAAAAAUAAAAAAAUGCUUAUUCUGUAUCUUGCCUUAUUAUUAUUAUUAUUAUUAUUAUUUUUUCUUUUUUUUUUUUUUUCUUUUAAUAUAUACAGGGAAUAUAGUUUGCAUUGCUAUUUGCCACUUUUAAGUAUUGUGCAUUAAAAAAAUUGUUCCAUUUGCCAAACUGACAAAUAUUUAUUUGUAUAUUUGCAAGUUAUAGAUUUGUGUUUUCUGCAGUUGACCAAAUUGUUUUGUCUGUGUUUUUGGUUUUUACCUGUUUACAACAAUUUGAAAUAUUUGCUUGAAAUGUGUCAAUUGUAUGAAAUAAAACUGCUUUGUAUUAUUUUA